AUGAGACCAACAAGCGCUAUUUCGUUGCUCUUUUUGAUACUCAAUGGGCAUGGCACUUCUGCUCUGAUCACAGAAACUUCCUCCAAGGGGCUAUUUUCGGGAGGAGCUCAAAAACGACAGCUCGCUCCCUCUUUUGCUUCCACAAGCCACGAAUUGCCAACCGAAACGAAACAAGCGUCUAUCUUUGCAUCAGCAUCCUCGGAUACGGCGCCAUUGGGAGAAGUUCCAGCUUCCUUGACAGUCGGUGUGAUUACGGCAGCCAUGGGAUUUGUGUAUGGAAAGGUAUUGUCUACUUGCGUCAGCACUGUUUGGCACAGAGCCCCCAGUCUUUUCUUUAAAAGAUUUGGUUCUCUUCACCCUACAUACUUCAUUACUGCUACAUGCACAGUGGGUGGAAUCCUCAUGGGUCUCUUGUCGGCCAAAUUCUCGUCCACAUUUACAGUGGCAGAUUUUGUAGCUUCCUUUUCGAAUGUACCAGCCAAGAGUCUUCCAGAAAGCCGCGUCCAUUUAUUCCCACUCCUACUUCUAUCACUCGUGACUUCGAGCUUUGGCUUCUCGGUCGGACCUGAAGCACCCAUGGUUUGUGCUGGUGCCCUGUUGGGGUCUUCAUUGGCAAAAUACUGGUAUGGCAAUGCAGAGGCUUCCAAAUCCAAGCAAGAAGUCUUGGCUUAUGCCGGUGCAGCAGGUGCCUUGACAGCUUUUAUGGGAAUUCCAAUAGCGGGAUCCAUAUUUGCACUAGAACUGACCCGAUCCAAUGCUGGCCUUGCUGCUUCAAGCGACAGAGCCUUGUCCCCAUCGAUUCUGUCGAGUAUUGCUGCCAUCACUGUGAUUCGUGGUAUUCUUCUUCCAGCCAAAGCAGUCGGCGGGCACUUUGCCUAUGGAUCAAUUGAUGUGCUCAGUGGGCGCACAAUGAUGGCUACCGCUGCAAUCUGUGGUUUGGGCGGAGCUUUCAUCGGAACCAUCUUUCACAAACUAGUUCAUCUAUUAAAAGAUAUCGCAUGGCCAGCCAGUGCCAAUGACAAAAAGAGGGGAGGGUUCAGCGGUAAGCGACAAGUCAUGGCCAAGGCUUUGAUUGGACUUACAGUUGGAAUCCUGAGCUCGAAGUUCCCACAGACUCUAUUUUGGGGAGAAGGUAGUCUUCAAUGCGUCGUGGAUGGUCAGGCGACUGCCUUUGCUGCCACCAAGCAUGGAAUUUCCAACCUUUUGACGAGCCAUGCCCAAGUGAACCCAAACCUUCCCUUUGAGACUGCUUUCGCAGCGAUGCAAGUCGGAGUUGCAAAGCUAAUAUCAAUUGCCCUGGCCUGUGCGGGAAAGUUCCCAGGGGGCAUCAUUUUCCCACUUUUCUUUGCCGCUGCACCCAUAGCACAUGCUGCUUGUUCUUUUUUGGGAUCUGUGACAUCUGGCAUUUCGCCGGUAGUUCCAUUAGCAGUCAUGUGUCUGAUGGCGGCAACGCAAGCAUCAGUCACUAGGACUCCAUUGGCGACCGUACUCAUGCUGAGCCUUUCCGCGUCUGCAGGUACAGAGCUUAGCCCAAUGCUCCCUGCUUGUUUGGUAUCAUCGUAUUUGGGAGUAUACUUGUCUAGAAAGAUUUCCAAGGAAUCCUACUUCCAAUACAGUGAAUAA